AUGACGCUUACGACCUCUAAACCAGUUCUCUUAACAACGGCGGUUGUACUAACCUACGCCGUGUGUGCACUGUCCCUCAAAGUCUGCCCCAACUGUGGCUCCACACCAGUCCCGUACCCUCUCAGCACCGCUCCAGACUGCGGCGACCCGUUGUAUAAAAUCCGAUGCAACGCUGAAUCCCUUUUGUUCGACUCCGUCAACAAUACUUACCCAAUCACCUCCAUCUCCCCAUCUAUUCAACGCCUCACCAUUGCUCCCUCUCCUUUCCUCGGCAACACCUGCAUCGCAUCCGAUCUCCCGUCCAACGGCCUCCAGCUCAACAACUCCGCCCCCUUCAACAUAACCAGCAGUAACACCAUAUUCUACCUGAAUUGCUCCUCCAGCAUAAUGAACUCCCCUUUAGACUGCACCUCCAACAGCCUCUGCCACGUGUACAUCAACGGCACGGCCGGGAGUGGAUGUGUCGAUGCGCCGCUGUGUUGUGCGUUCAGGGCAGGAGGAUCGACAACGGCUUACAGGAUACGAGUCAGGGAUUCGGGUUGCAAGGCGUACAGGAGCUUCGUGAAUUUGGAUUACGGAUUGCCGGUAAGCAGGUGGCCGCCGCCUGGAGUGGAAUUGCAGUGGGUUUUGCCCAUAGAGCCCACCUGUAGGGCACAAGGGGAUUGCGAUUCGAAAUCCACUUGUGGACCCGACCCGAACUCGGCUCGUGGGGUCAGCAGGUGCUUUUGUAACUCGGGGUUGCAAUGGGACCCGGUUGCUGGACUGUGUGCGACAGAGUGCAAGGAUCCAGAUGGUUGUGGUAAAGAUCGAACUGGGCUUAUAGCAGGUUUAAUUGUAUGCAUUGGUGUAGCAUUAUUAGCGGCACUAAUCGGAUUUUUAUUCUACAAGAGGCACCAGCGCAUCAAGAGAGAGAAAGAACGACUUACCCGAGAACGGGAAGAGAUCCUUAAUUCCGGUGGUGGAAAAUCUGCAAAAAAAGCUAUUGAUUUCAAUAGACCCCAGGAUGAUGUGAACUUGGCAGUUUACGUGCAGAGAUUGGUUGAGGAGGAAAGGAUAAUGGACGCAGUUGAUCCAUUGUUGAAGGAGGGGUCAAGCACGUUGGAGUUGGAGACGAUGAAAGCGUUGGGAUUUCUUGCCGUUGGAUGCUUGGAGGAACGCAGACAAAGCAGGCCUUCGAUGAAAGAAGUUGCUGAGGAGAUCGAAUAUAUUAUCAGUAUUGCUACUGCCAAGGCUACAGAUUAG